AUGGAACCAGCGAUGAGCCGGACAGGAUUGACUCGAUACGAGGUGAAAGCCUGCAAGGCCUGUCAAUUGUCCAAGAGAAAGUGCACCAAGCAGCAGCCCAAAUGCCGCCGUUGUGACCUUCGCGGCUUGGACUGUCUCUAUGAGCCUCUACCCAACACCUUUGUCUACCAAGCUACACAGAACUGCGGGGCACAAGCUUCUUCAUCGGCAGCCUUGCAAGAGCCACAGUUGUUGCAAUCAAGCCAAGAUGACAGUUGGUCUGAGCUGGUAGACUUACGAGUGGACAGUCAUAUAGACUAUCAUAACACUCCGGGUGCUAUCUCUUUAGAAGACCUAAAAGUGGCUUGGUUCCUCGAUCCGGAAUCUUGGAGGGCAGUCCCGAUUGAAGAGUCAAAUAGGGCGCAUCUCACGACGGACAUGAUCCGGGGGCUUCUAUACCAAACAAGAGACUGGCUGGGCGAUUGGACAAGAAGCGGAAGUAAUGUAUUUGUGCAUCAUGAGCUUUACAGAAGUAGUCUCCCUGGCUGCAUCAGCGAUGCUUUCACAGCACUGUCUUCAUAUUUGUCAAGGACACCGGAGACCAGUGAGAUGGUGCUCCGGAUUGCGGAGCAGAAGGCAGAGAGGUUAUUGGUGUCUGAGAGCGACAGAAACACGCCUGGAGACAUUCUGAAUAGCCUGAGCCGUGUACAAGCACUCCUGGUUUAUUGCACGAUUCGACUACUGGACGGUGAUCUGCGCCAACGUCACAAGGCGGAGCAGCAUCUCCAGACCUUGCAUGAUUGGACGAAAGAGAUGAUGAAUGAUGCUCUCGAGGCGACUAAUAAUGGAGAUAUGAUUAUCAAGAACCAUCUCACGAACGUGAGCCCUCAAUAUUUCACAUUGCCGAUGCUUUUGGGGCAGUUCUCCCCUGAGCAACUACUAUGGCAUUCAUGGGUACUGUCAGAGUCUGUUCGAAGGACAUGGUGUGUAUCCAUGGGCCUUCAAUCAGGCUAUGAGCUGCUAAAGACUGAAUCUGGGCCCUGUUAUGGGACUUUGCCCAUCACCACGAGAAAGGGGCUUUGGGAAGCGAGGAAUGAUCAUGACAAGGUUAUGAUGGAGAUGGAAGCUGGAGAUAUUGACGACUUUGCGUUAUGUAUGAUGGAACUCGAUAUUGGCCCCGACAGGAUGGCAAGAUGGAGAUCUGAACGCUCAGGACCCUCAGAACAACCCAUCAUGGCAAGGCAGUGGAUUCUUGACGACCAGCAGGGCUUCGAGAAGUCGCUCAAGUAUGAGACCAACGUGCCCAUCCCGUCUCAAGAUGAGUUAGGCCCACAUGAUGUUCUAGUCAAAGUCCAUGCAGCCAGUCUCAACUACCGGGACCUCGUCAUUGCUGCAUCAGCUCAAUUUGGUCCCAUCACCCCACCAAUGGUCCCGUUAUGUGACGGGUCAGGCUCAGUUGAAGCUAUUGGCUCUUCUGUAAAAGACUACAAACUUGGAGAUCGAGUCAUCACUUUCCCUGCACCAGACGUGGUAGUGGAGAGAGGCAGCGAUGCUGAUGUCAACAUGUCAGAUGUACCGGCCAUGCUCGGCUUGGGGACCAAAGGAACGCUUCGUACCCAUGGGGUAUUCUCGGAAGGCGCUCUGGUUCAUGCGCCAGAGUCUCUCGAUUGGCUUGAAGCUGCCACUCUCCCCGUCACCUGGAUCACAGCUUGGAACGCUCUCUCGGAACUCGGCAAAGACCAAAUUGGACCACACACCUGGAUCCUGGUUCAGGGAACUGGAGGUGUCAGUGUAGCAACCCUGCAACUCGCAUCGUCCUUUGGGCUCUCCGUCGUGGCGACUACGUCAUCUCAAGAGAAGGCAGAUAGGUUGAAAAGGCUCGGUGCAACUCAUGUUAUCAACUAUCGCGAGAAUGCUACUGGCUGGGGCAAAGAGGCGCGAUCUUUGACUCCCAAUGGAGUAGGUUUCGAUAUGGUCGUGGAUAUCGGCGGUAACGAGACACUCAAGCAGUCACUCGAAGCAGUUCGUCCUUAUGGGUCUAUCCAAGUCGUUGGUGCUGUUGCGCAAGACACCGAGCCCGUGCCCAUGAUGGGGGCUCUUAUGUUCACGUGCACUAUUCGUGGGUUCCUUAUGGGCAGCCAGAAUCAGUACAAGGAUCUUGUACGAUACAUUGAUGAGAAGAAGCUCAAACCUGCAUAUGAUGACACAGUCUUUGAGCUGGCAGAUGCCAAGGAGGCUUACAGGAAGCUGAAGGAGCAGAAGCACUUCGCCAAGGUUGUUAUCCGCAUCGACCAUGACUAG